AUGGCAUCCCGACCAUCCAUGGAUUCGCUGCGCCUGACAGCUGCACCCAGAGUCCCCGACCACAUCUUGACGUCGAGAAACUUAUGUCUACGUCCACCAUCCGUCACUUUUACUUUCAGCGUGCGUGUGGCAUCUCGAAGACCCCAGACCCUGAACAACGCGGGCGAUCCGCUCCACGAGAUGCCAAUGUCCGAGAGUGGAGCCAAAGAGGGUCUUCCUCACCCGCGGGCUGCGCUGCCUCUGCCAUUUCCAUCUCGACAGUCCUCCUAUUUCACCCCCGACCAGUUCAGUGCGGGGUUGUCCGACCAGCCUAUAAAAGGCCCCGUGCCCCUGGAUGCGUCCUCGGACUUUUCCUUGCUGCCCAUCGCCAAUGAGGGCCAUCCCGUCCUCACAUCUCACAAGUAA